CAUCACGUGAAAUCAUGAAUAAUUGAUUAAAUUUAAAAAUUUUAUGUCGAACACAAUGAAAAUAUUAUUUAAAAAGAAUACUAUUUCGAAUAAAAUAGCGUUAUAGAUGGAAGAUGGAAGCCUAUGUCGCAACCCCUUUAGAUGUACGAAGUACGAACCCUUCCCACUUGACAGGUCGUUGAAAUUCAUUGAUAUUUAUGUUUUGUGAUUUUUGUUUACGUUGACUUCUAGAUGACAUGGAACAUGAAAUUGGAAAAUAAAUAACCUUACUUUUAAUUUAACAGGGCAUAAAAUAUUUUAAAUUUAAUAAUUUUUGUUUCCCUAGGCCUAAUUCCCGAAUUAGUUUUCAUCUUCGAGUAUAUAUAUUUUCUUUAAUUUCAAUUAUACAGUGAUUAUACAUAUUUUUAUUUUGGCGAACAGUAAAAAAAGGACUAAUUAUGGAUAUCAGUUCAUUCUCAAACGAAGAUUUUAAUACCAAAAACUGGAUUAAUAAUAUCCUCAAACAAAUAGAAAAAGAGAAAGAAGCUAAUUACACCAUGUCCUUGGUAAUGAAACUUCAACUUUAUGUUCAACAAGUCAAUAAUGCAUUAGAAGACACAAGCCAGCAAGUAUUGGCUUCUUUACCAAAAAUUAUGAGAGAUGCAAAGAAUCUGCAACAGGAAGCAUUAUUACUGAAACAAAAAAUGACUGCUGUGAGAGCUGAAAUUGAAAAAAUUGAACAUGAUACUGGCCAAUCGAUUAACACCAUUGAACAAUUGGAUUCCAUGCAAAAUAAAUUGAUAUUAGCAAAACAAGGUCUUCAUGAAAGUGAUAAUUGGACGAUAUUGGUUAAUGACCUAGAAGAAGUGUUUGACUCUAAAAAUAUAGAAACAAUAUCAAACAAGAUAUUGGGAAUGCAGAAUUCCCUUAAGUUGCUAGUUAAUGUAGCAGAUUUUGAAAACAGAAGAUUACAAUUGGAAGGCUUAAAAAAUAGGUUGGAAGCUAUAGCAAGUCCUUCUAUAGUACAGGCAUUUAACUCUCAUAAUACAGAACAAUCUCAAAUUUAUGUUGAAAUAUUCACAUCUAUGGAAAGGUUACCACAGCUUCUGAAAUAUUACCAAAAAUGUCAAAAAAAUGUUUUGCUAAAGAAAUGGAGACAUCAGUUGGAAAUUGAACAAGACGAAUCGACCAUUCAAUGGAUCCAUAAUUUUUACAACCAUCUAUUAUCAAAUUGGCACACUCAAUAUCGUUGGUUCAAUCAAGUAUUCAGUGGAGUAUCAGCUCUACAAACUUUAGUAGAUAUUUACACUGACGUUUUAACUUCUUUGGAUCCUAGUUUAAAUGAAUGUAUUGAUGCUGCAUUGAAACAAGUAUCUGAUAAGUUGAAUUUUAUAGGAGAAGUCAAGCAAACUACAACACAGUUUAGGGAUAGUUUAUUGAACAUAGUGGAUCAAACUGUCCAAAUAAAACCGAAUUCAGAAGAGCUGCUCAAUCUACAGAAAGCCAUAUUUAGCCAUUUGGUAGUAUACGUAAACAAAUAUGCAGCAUAUGAGCAGACGAAUUUGAUGAAGCAUCUUGCUUCAUUUAACUGUAUGAAAGACGAGUUACCGGAUACCAUUCAAGCUUUGGGUUUCAGUAUAUCAUCUGCGAUCGAUGUUUGCAGGGAAGCAAAAAGGAGAUGUCGUGAAAUUACUGAAAAUUGUGGUUAUUGCGGCUUGUUAGUUGCUUUGAGGGCGUUUUUGUUAGGAUAUGCAGAUUUUUAUAGAGUAGCUUUGAGACAAAUCGAUAGAAGUAAAAGGUCUGAAGAAGAUUGGAACAUUUUCCAACUAUGUCUCUCCUUAUUACAAAACACGGGCGAAGUAAUUUUAAAAUUACAACAAUUUGAAAAGGAAUUGACUAAUCAAGUACUAGAUUUGAAUCAAAAAGAUGUUGUCCAGUAUAAAGCUUUGCUUUUAAAUCAUUCGGAUCUUAAAGAAUUCGAUUCUCUGGUCAAAUGCGUUACAGAAGGGACACAGUUGUCACUUCUUGAUUCGGUUACUACGGAGUUUUCGAAACUAUGUAUCGAUAUCCACCACACGACUUAUCAAGUAGUUUUUGCACCGAUUUCGGUACAUUUAGAUAUUGUACAGAACGCGCAGACUUGGAGCCAGUUUGAUGGAUCCACCAUGCAUGAUUUACCGGAUUACAGUUUUGCUCCACAAGAGUAUAUAACGCAGAUUGGUCAGUAUCUUAUGAUACUUCCUCAGCAUAUCGAGCCGUUUUUGUUCAAAGAAAACCCAUCAUUGGCAUGCGCAUUAAGGUCUGUAGAUCAGGAAUAUAGCAACGCGCCCGAAGGUGAAGGCACAUUGGCUCAAGUGUUUCUCGAAAUCAUUGCUAGAGGCACGUGUCAGCAUUUCUGUGAUAAGAUCCUGUCGAUUUUUGAAUUAAGUCCUGCUGCAAGUCGACAAUUGGCGCAUGAUAUAAGCUAUCUUCAAAACAUUUUGGAGGAGCUUGGAUUAUCCCUAUCUGAAAAUCUUCAACAAUUAUCGAUACUAUUAAAAUUGCCUACAGACCUGUACCAAUCACAAAGCAGUGGCUGUUCUGCAAGGUUAGUUGCUGCUGUAAGGCAGAUGAGAAACAUAAAGUCAUCAAAUUAAAAAAUAAUUUCUAUAUCUAUGCGUCUAUUUAAUAUUGUUAAAAAUAUAUAAGAAUAAAUAUUUAUCUAUAUGGGUGCUG